GAAAAAGCCAUGCAAGAUUAUUUUAAAAUUCCUUGGAUAAAUAAUAAUUUAGUUUACCGUUUGGAUUGGGAUAAAAUAGAUAAACCAGAAAACUCUUUGAAUUUGCAAAUUUAUAAAGAAAAUACUCCAGAAUUUGAACAACUCAAAAAAUGCAAAGAAAUAUUUAAUGAAGAUAGGUUAUUAACUUAA